AACGCUGCUGCUCGCUCAUAUUCUUAACACAUCAUGACCUCUCACUCGGGGGAACAGAUCGAUCGUGAAUCCGAAAUCAUGUCCACUUCGGCUUCUUACCCGUUUCUGAAUCACUCGCCUACUACCAUACCGCACAAUUUGCCGCCAAGCGUGGACGACAAGCCAUUGGCUCGUCAAAGACGGAAAAGGACUUGUCCAGAAGAUCAAUCAAUCUUGGAGGAGGCCUUCAAACGUGACCCGAAGCCUGAUAAAUCGGCACGCUUGGAGCUGGUCCAACAAGUUUCCCUGGGCGAGAAAGAAGUCCAGAUUUGGUUCCAAAAUCGUCGUCAAAGUUCACGUCGCAAAUCCCGGCCGCUUCUUCCGUAUGAAAUCGCCCAGUAUCAGAUGUCGCAUGCCCCAUUCUCAAGCCAGGAUUCCGUACAGUCUCCAUUUGCGUCCCAAAGGAGCGCGAAUCCAUUGUCUCCAAGAGACAGCGAUGACGUAGUCGGCCGAAGAUCUGGAGUCAUCGACCCCAGAACGUCUAUGAAUUCUCUGCAAGAUGAGACUUCCGUGCCAGAAGAGUCCGAGAUGCAACGACACACGUCAAUACCAGGCCUACGGUCCCAGGAAAGUUUCACGUCUGUCGGGUACCUAGCCAACAGACGUAGUGCGAACUUGUUGGCUUCGGACGGCUUGUCUGGCGAUGAUUCCGCCGACGAAACGACGACUGUCAUGGAUCGAUUCAGCCAGAAGACCUCGUCGUUUGUCCGUCUGGCGAUGACUGCUGAAGGCAAGGCCGAAGUUGUAACCAAAAACGCUGCUUCUCCAUCGCCGCCUCGGCCAGUCCAAAGUCCUCAGAUCGGUGACACGCCUGUACUGGGCCCAAUCCCUUUCAAAAUGAGCCCGGCUUCGGUGCGGACCUUGCACAGAUCAAGUAGUGGGCGAUCUAGGGAUUCAAGAUCUUGGGAGUUCUGGUGCGAUAAAGACGCUCGUGCUGAACUGGAGGUGGCGGCCGAGAAAAAUUCUAGCGGUUCUGCUGCAGGUGCUAUAGGUUUGCUUCGCUCUGUGUCCGGCAGAAACAUUCUUGGUUCAAUACCGCUGAAGCGAAACUCCGGGCUUCUGGGACCGUCAGCAAUAAGCAAAAGGGUCAAGUUGGACUCACAUAAGCGUCUGCCACUGCAGAGAUCCAGGACAUCUCUAGGCCGUCUACAAAGCGGGUCCAGUGAGGUAGUCACGGCCUAUGCGAAGCCGAUGUCGAAAUCGAAGCACAGCGGAUCCAGCGCUUACACUUACAUGCCAGGAGACGAUUCCAACAAAGAGAAUGUCUCGCCAGAGUGGAGAUCGAGCGCUGAUCGUCGAUCGGACGCUCACUCAGAUGCCGAAUCUACAUCGCCUGGACCAGAUACGACUCUGCUUCAUGACGACCUUGUUGUGGAUGCUUCGCUGCAAUUCCGAUCACGUCAAAUGCCUUCGAUGCGAUCGGGCCUCUCGAGCAGGGAUCGUUCCGAUGGUGGAUACAAGCGGGGGUUUGAGAGGGAGGCGCCGAUAGGUGAAGGCCGCCGAAGCGCUGGACCGUCUGUAGAAGCAGAUAUGGACUGCAUACAUGGACUGCUGUCUUUGAGUCAAGGCAAUUGGCGAUAAAAGUCUUCGACGGAUACGAAUGCUUGCAUCAUCCUGAAUGUGGAGUCGGCAGCCGCAGACGAAGGCCCUUUCUGGACGAUGAUGUAUCGUGUGUUGCAUAGGCCGAGAAAUGCUGGAUAGACAUCAUAGCAGAUAAAGGAAACACAAAGCGCGAUAGAUAUCACAACAGACAAAGAAAUCAAAUAGCUGUAUAUGCAUCGCUGGCCAC